UCGCUUUCUACAGUGAACUUAUCACAAUGACUUUUCUUUCAAUAGUUUAAGCGUUGUAAAUAAUGUAGUUUAGUUUAAAUGUUAUAAAAAUCAAAAUACAUUUGUGCCAGCUAAACUACUGGAUACGAAUUGAAAGUCUGCUACAUCUUGCAGCACAACUAAGUGUUGUUUAUGAUUGUAAUGAGAAACAACAUGUCCUCAGAAACGGAAGGUAAUACACAGCCACUAGUGACAAUGAGCCCUAAAGAAAAGUUAAGUGAUGAUAAAAAGGAAUGUCAGGAGACCAGUGUACUGGAGGCUGUGGAAGUGACAGAGCUGAACUGGGAUCAAUCAGGGCAGCUAGAGUCCAUCUCCAAGAGGCAAAUGAAGAAGCUAAUGCGACACAAGCAGUGGGAGGAACAGAGAGAUCUCCGCAAACAGAAGCGCAAGGAAAAGAAGAUAAAGAGAAAGCUGGAGCGCCUGUCUCAGGGAGAGGAUGGUGCAGACUCUAGUGCUAAGAAACGCCUCCGGAAAGAGGUUGUGCCCAGCUGUACACGGCUUGUCAUAGACUGCAGCUUUGACAGCCUGAUGGUGCUCAAGGAUGUGAAGAAGCUUCACAAACAGAUCCAGAGGUGCUAUGCUGAAAACCGUAGGGCUCUGCACCCUGUCCAGUUUUUUUUAACUAGUCACGGUGGACAGUUAAAGCAGAACAUGGAUGAAAAUGAUAAAGGGUGGGUGAACUGGAAGGACAUCCACGUGAAGUCGGAGCAUUACAGCGAUGUCCUGAAGAAAGACGAGCUUGUAUAUUUGACCUCUGACUCCCCCAAUGUGCUGAAUGAGCUUGAUGAGACAAAGGCAUACGUUAUAGGAGGCCUCGUCGAUCACAAUCACCACAAGGGGAUUACCUACCAACGGGCCACGGAGCUAGGGAUUGAGCAUGCACAGCUUCCUCUUGGGAACUUUGUGAAAAUGAACAGCAGGAAAGUGUUAGCCGUUAACCAUGUAUUUGAGAUAAUCCUUGCGUACUUGGAGAAGAGAGACUGGAAGGAGGCGUUCUUCACCAUCUUGCCUCAGAGGAAAGGGGCAGUUCCAGUAGGACAGGAAGAAGGCACUCCGGACGUAACAAAACCAGAGAAAGAAGUGGUUGAUGGGGGACAAGAUUCAGAUAGCGACUCAGAAACUGGAGAGACGGUCCAGCAGAACACGGCUGUGCAAGAAGAGCACAUACACAAAGACCAGAAAGACUUGGGUGCUAGAGACAAUUCAGACCAGCCAGCUGAAGGAGGAUAUUCAACGUAGUCUACCUGGAAAAAAACAAAAAGGCUUUUUAAAUGUACUUUAAUGUCAGCAUAGAGUUGGGUAUUGUGCUUUUCAAAUAAGUACUAUAAAUGGUCAUUGCUCUAAAAUCGAACCAUACAUGGUGCAAUUGCAUAUAAGACAGCGGCAUCUAAAUUGUGCAUUGUACAACAAAGUUCAUAGUUACAGUGAUCCACAUGUAAUGUAAGUUCACAUGUGCCUAUUUUUUGUAUUAUGUUUGCCAUGCCUCCCCCUCUCUUUGUGAAAAUAAACUUAUACAGUAUAUAAAA